GAAAUGUGGAACCAAAAAAACAUGUAGUUCUAAAUGUUUUCCUGGAAUACAAGCUUGGCUGAAUUUUAGCUCCAAAGAUUCCUUUAAGAUUUUUAAAUCAAUGUUCUACAAAAGUUCUACAUCAUGAAAAGAGAUUCAUUGAUUAAAAUCAUAAUUUAAUCGAGCAGUAUUUCCGUGCUUCGGGAAAUGAAGGCAAUAGAAAUUGCGAAUGCCAAUAAAAAGAGAUAAUGGGGCAACUUACCAAUGCUCCAAAAUGCGCUACAAAUGCCAAUGCCUUCGAUAUAGCGAACAGUUUCGAGAAAGAGGAUAUACCACUGAAGAUAAAUGACAGCUUGGCAGACAGAAAAAGGAAAGAACAUUUACGGCUGUAUGUUAUAGCAUUAUGCAUUACAUCAGUGAUUCUUUCGUUAGUUCUAUGUAUACUCGCAUUUAUUUUUGCGAGUUUAAGGCAUAGCCCAGCUACUUUUGCUUUUGCAGCUGAUUGUGUGCUCGAUCUGCUAUCCUCUUUUAUUGUAAUAUGGAGGUAUUUUGGCUCUCCCUACAGAUUAGGUUCUUAUUCCAGAGAAUACAAGGCUUGCAUUAGCUUAGGAGUUUUAUUUAUAGUUGCUGGAGUUGGAGUAAUCAUAGAAGGAAUUUAUUUCUUAUUUGCGAAAGAUAUUCCAAAAUGGUAUUCCGUUCUCAUCAUAUUAGCAGCUGUUGGAAGCUUUGUAUGCUUUUUGGUGGGAUUUGCCAAAUAUGUUUUAGGCAGAAAACUGAACAGCGAAGCUCUAUACUUAGAUGCUUUGAAUUCCAUUUUAAGUGGCUUAUUUGCCCUUGUGAUAAUAAUUAGUGAUGUUGUGUAUCUGAAGAACAAAACUAUGUGGUAUCUAGAUCCAUUGCUGAGUAUUGUUUUGUCCGUUGGAAUGCUAGCUUUGGGUUUCCGAACUAUUAUAAUGCAGUGCAGGCAUGGAGAAUACGAUCCUGCUGAGACGUGAACAUAUUUCUACAAACGAUGUAUCUUUAUUUAAAAUGUCUAGAUUGCUUUCAUGAUGUCAGUUUGUAUACAAAGUAUGCAGAUUGUUAUGAAGACAUUAAUCCUAUGGAUUGAUAUUUAUGAUAAAGGAUGGCAUGUAUUACCUCACAGAUAAUACGUGUUUAGGAUAUAUAGUUGUACUAUGCAAUUGAUUAUAAUUUCAUUAAGGUGUAUAUUUGAAUCUAAAAAUGAUUAAUAAAAAUAUUGUCUGAAUA